UGGCUCUCGGCAGUCGGCCACACUCACAGUCUCACAGUCUCACAGUCGGCGCGUGUUCGUCCCUGCAUCCAGCUCCCGAGUUUUCCCAUCGACAGGAGACUGAGACCGGUAAGAGGAGCGAUGUGUCCCUGUGCUCGAAUCGUGCCGGAGCCAACGGUCGAAAUCGAUCCUCGGGGUGAACCGAUUUCUAUCUUGAUCGAUCAUGUCGGAAACUGAGAUAUUUCUCGGGUUCGUGUAGAAAGUAGCCCCGCGGAUUUCCCUGUCGACCGUCACGAGAGAGGAACAAGGCCAAGAUGUCGCAGCAACAAUACUAUCCGUUCAAGUGCACCCCAACGGUGUAUCCCGCCGAGCCGUUCGAUGCAAACGCGGACGCCACUAUUUUGCGCAAGGCGAUGAAGGGAUUCGGCACGGACGAGAAGGCGAUCAUCGACGUGCUCACAAAGAGAGGCAUUGUGCAGAGACUGGAGAUCGCGGAGGCGUUUAAGACCAUGUAUGGAAAAGAUCUAAUUAGCGAUCUCAAGAGCGAGUUAACUGGAAAACUGGAGGAUGUCAUUGUUGCCCUUAUGACCCCGUUGCCACAUUACUAUGCCAAAGAGCUGCACGACGCGGUCACCGGUAUGGGCACUGAUGAGGAGGCAAUUGUCGAGAUUCUGUGCACACUCAGCAAUUACGGCAUCCGUACGAUCGCCACAUUUUACGAAAAUUUGUACGGCAAAACACUCGAGAGCGACUUGAAGGGCGAUACGUCGGGCCAUUUCAAGAGAUUGCUGGUAUCCCUCGUGCAGGCAAACAGAGACGAAAAUCAGGGAAUCGAUCAUGCGCAAGCAACUGCCGAUGCCCAAGCGUUAUACGAAGCUGGUGAAAAGCAGUGGGGAACUGACGAAUCUCAAUUCAAUGCGAUCUUGGUAUCUCGCAGUUAUCAGCAACUGCGUCAAACGUUUAUCGAGUAUGAGAAAGUAUCAGGGCACGACAUAGAGGUUGCCAUAAAGAAGGAAUUUUCUGGCAGCAUCGAGAAAGGCUUGCUUGGAAUAGUGAAAUGCGUCAAGUCAAAAGUUGGAUUUUUCGCUGAACGUUUAUAUGCCAGUAUGCAUGGCAUAGGUACGAAGGAUCGAACGCUCAUCCGUAUCAUCGUGUCUCGAAGUGAAAUUGAUUUGGGAGAUAUUAAGAAGGCAUUUGAGGAACGCUUCGGAAAGUCUCUGGAGAGCUGGAUAGCUGGCGACACCUCAGGAGAUUACAAGAAGGCACUUCUUUCCCUGGUCUCUACAUAAAUUUUGAUAAAGCUAUUAAGGGUCCAGGUGCUACACCUAUUGCCUAUUGAUGCAUAAUAUAAAAAGAAGAAAAACUUUAUAUAUUCCUGCACAGAUUCCAUCUUAAUAUCGCUUAAUGUAUUAAUAAGGAAUUAGAAAAGGUUUCUUACUGCAUUUUUCAAUAUCAGUUUUGUAAUACUUUUUUGAAACUUUUACUGUAUACUAUGUAGGCCAGUAAAAUUUCCCAAUGUUAUGCGUUCCAAUCUUGUUCAUAUAUACACAUCUUAUAUUUAAUUAAAUUAUAUUUUAUAUAUUCUUUUUAUCAAAAAUUUAUAUAAUUUAUAUAAAGAAUCUCAUUGUGUAAAAGAGAGAUAAUUAGGAAAUCAAUGAAAAUAAAAUCAAGAACAUUC